CACUGCGCUUUUGUUUUCUGUCAGGAUCAUGUUGGGCAAAGCCAGCAAUGGACUGGUGCCAGGGCUCUAGGGGGCCGAGGCCAGGUCUAGAGAUUGACAGUUUCUGUGUAAGCCAUGGUUAAAUGUUCUAGACCCUGAGAUAUGAAAUGUUUUGCUUGCCGUGCCAGAAUGUACUUUGCAAAAGAAGAACUAGAGCUCUCUGCAAUUCUGCUGUCCGGAUGUUAAGAUACCUCUUCCUCAUGAAGGCACUUCUUGCUCUUGGGUUCCUGGCAUUCUGGGUAACUGCAGGCGAGCACGAAUUAAGUGGUGGAUGUCCUGCUGACCCUCUUCCAUGUGAGAAACUGUGUGAUGGCGACACAUCUUGUCCCCAAGGGCACAAGUGCUGCAGCACUGGCUGUGGCCAUGCCUGCCGAGGAGACAUUCCGGGAGGGCGGGAUGGUCAAUGCCCCCGAAUUCUGAUAGGCCUGUGUAUUGUCAACUGCAUGGUGGAUGAGAACUGUCAACCUGGGGAAAAGUGCUGCAAGUCAGGCUGUGGCCGCUUCUGUGCCCCUGCACUCCAGCUACCCAAACAGCUCACAGACUCCAACAGGACCAAUGGGUCGAAUCCUGAGCUAGAGGCUCGAGCACCCUAGCUGCCUUGAUUGGUCUGGAGUACCAGGAAGCUUCUGGGUGACAUCCUGGGGCUUAUGAAACCCCGAGGAAUGUCAGGCCUUCUCCUUGUUUCUACUGCUGCAUGGAACACACAGAAAAACAGCCCUGGAAAUGGUGCUUCUCUUCCCAAUAAAACGUUGGCAUGGA